UGACUCCCAGAACAAACGCUCGCAUCAGGGACUACUACUCCAAAUCAACCACCACCGAGACAAGCACCAGCGAGUGCAUUCACCUUCCAACGACCAAUGACCCCCGAACCGAAGCCAAUGGGGGCACAAGCGCCCUUUUCUGCACCGGGUGGUACUGGCACUGGUACGUACAGUUUCAACUUCACCGGCAACGGAACGACUCAACCCCCGCCGUCAUGGAAUGCGAAAGCGAGCUCGACAUCCCCGUCGAGUCCGAGUAAACACACCAAAACCCAUAACCCGGAUCGACCGGGUCCAUAUCGUCCAUCCGGUAAUAGUCCCAAGUUUACUGGUCCGAGGUUUACGGGAGAUAUCUUUGGGCAAGCGGGGAUGAGGCCGAAGGACGGGGGGAUGGGUGGGAGUUAUGCGAGUAGUCAUGUCAAAAUUCCGCUGUUUGAUUUUGGGUUUGGAGCGGGGGUUGAGGGGACGGAGUUUAACGCUAGUCAGAAUGGUGGGAAACCGAGGGAGAAGAAGGGGGCGAAGAUGAGAGCGGGGGUUGAUAGUCCGUUGACUCCGACAGGGGGGUUUACGUUUUCGUAUAAGGGUGGGAAGAAGGAGGGGGAGGGUGCAGAGGGUGUUAAGACGAAAGAGGGAGAGGGUGACAAGAGCUUCAAGUUUGAUUAUGAGCAGUGGACGAGGUCGUUCGCUGAGUCGAAGAAGGCUGAGGAAGCAAAGGCGAAUGGGCAGGCUGAGACAGGUGCAGCGAACGGAAGCCGGCCCACGAGCAGCCGAAGUGGGACGGGUAUGCCGUACGAAUGGCAAGACGACGGUUUCGACGAGGAGAUGAACGACGCACCACCCAUGCCCCCAACCGAACCCCCCGUCCCGCCAGAAAUCCCAACAAUGACCCCACCAACCCAAAUCCCCACCCCACCCGCAACCCUCAACGAAGGCGUCUUCCACACCUACCUCCAAUCCCUCCUCGCCUACCGCCUCCAAUGGACAGAAUACACCGACGCCUACACCGCCUACGCCGCCUCCUGGCACCAAUUCGAGAGACUGUGUAAUGAGGAGCAAUUGCUAUUUACGAGUGUUGCGGAUAUGUUUGGGAAGACGAGUAGUGAGCAGGAAGCUGCGAGGAAGAUGUUUGAGGUUUAUAUGGAGGCAGCGGAGAGGAAUGAUAGGGUAAGGGAGGAAUGGGUUGAGGCGGAGAGGAGGCACAGGAGGGUUUUGAAGGAGUUUAAUAGGGUGAGGUUGAGGGAGGUUGAGAGGGUGAGGGCGGCGGCGGCGGGCCAGAAGACGACUAAUGGUACGAGCGCUUCAACAUAACAUAAGCAUGAAGAUAGCAUAUUUAGAGGACUAUGGAACAUUGGAGGAUACCAUCACGAUUCGAAGUUGACCAGUGUGAGUGCUCCAAGUAAACGACGC